CACACACGGAGGAGGGGCUGCUACAAUGGAGCCUCCUGCGGGCUUUGUGCACUCUUGGAAUCCAGCUGUCGCCGCCCCGCGGAGGUCGGUGUCCCCCGAGGGCGCCCAUUUCCUAGCCGCCCAUCACCCGGUGUGCAUUGGCAGCCUCUGUCGAGGCCGAGCCCACAGCCGCUCCUGCCUUUCCGUGUCGGAUCAUCCCCAGUCUGUCUCCAAAAUGCCUGUGGACUUCAAUGGGUACUGGAAAAUGCUGAGCAACGAGAAUUUCGAGGAGUAUCUGCGAGCGCUGGAUGUCAACGUGGCCUUGCGCAAAAUCGCCAACUUGCUGAAGCCGGACAAAGAGAUCGUGCAGGAGGGCGACCACAUGAUCAUCCGCACGCUGAGCACUUUUCGGAACUAUAUCAUGGACUUCCAGGUUGGGAAGGAAUUUGAGGAGGAUCUGACCGGCAUAGACGACCGCAAAUGCAUGACCACGGUGAGUUGGGAUGGUGACAAGCUCCAGUGUGUGCAGAAGGGCGAGAAGGAGGGGCGUGGCUGGACCCAGUGGAUCGAGGGUGAUGAGCUGCACCUGGAGAUGAGAGCAGAGGGUGUAAUCUGCAAGCAAGUGUUCAAGAAAGUGCACUGAGCAGCCCGAGUAGAUAACCUUGGUCUUAAGGAACAAUCAGGAUGGGCUUGUGGUCAGGAGCUCCCUCUGCCUGGCGUAAAGCUGAAACACAUGGCUGCCCAGGUAUCUGCUGGCAGAGUCUCUCUCUCUCUGCCUUGUCUCUUUUCUUUUUCUCAAAAUGAAGCUCUCCCCCCAAUAAAGGUGAUCU